AUGCCUCACUCAAAUAAAACGCCCAGCAUGUUACGAGUUCCCGCGUUUUCGACUCCGCCAGAAGAAGUAACGCGUUUGGUCAAGCAGGAAGGAGGAGUGGUUCUGGAGGGAUUUCUCACAAAGGAGCAAGUGGCUCGUAUGAAUGCUGAGAUUGACGGGCCACUCGAGAAGAUAUCGGCCGGAUCUACCCACAGCGCAGAACACAUCCGCAAAUUCCACGGUGCGCAGACAAAACGCAUGACCAACGUCGUCAACCACAGCCGCGUGUUUCGCGAAGAGGUCCUCGACCACGACUAUAUCCAUAGCAUGCUCGCCCAGGUUUUUCAUAUCGAGUCCGGCACAUAUUGGAUGGCCUCGCACCAGGUGAUCGAAAUUGGGCCCGGAAACACUGCCCAGGUUCUCCACCGCGAUCAAGGGCAAUAUCAGCUUCCGAACCGCCUCGGGCCCGACGGCCCAGAAUGCGUCAUCAACUUUCUUAUCGCAUUGACUGACUGCACUGAACAAAACGGCGCCACACGAGUCAUCCCUGGAUCGCAUAGGUGGGAGGACUUUUACGAGAAGGGGACCCCGGAGCAAACCGUGCCUGCAGAGCUCAAUGCUGGUGACAUACUCAUGAUUACAGGCAAGGUCAUUCAUGGUGGAGGCGCGAAUCUCACCCAAAACGAGCACCGCCGAGUCAUCUCCUGGAGCUUUAUACCAAGCUAUUUCACGCCUGAGGAAGCCUACCCAUUCAUAGUCCCCAUGGAGUCAGUCAAGAAAAUGAGCCCGAGGGCCCAACGUAUACUUGGGUUCAGAUCUCAGUAUCCGAAAAAUUCGCCAGGGCUGUGGCAGUCCGACUAUUCGGAGCUUGCAACUGUACUCGGGUUGGAGGGCGAGGAUAAGGAGGUCCAGGAGCUAAAGGCACUUGGGAGGAGAUAA